AUGGCUAAAACUACGAAGAAGCCACCCAAGGAUAUUGAAAGCGAUGACGAAGAGGAGCAGACGUUCGAAAGCCUCGGAUUGGACAGUCGUCUUAUUCGUGCCCUGAACAAGAAGAAAAUUUCUUGUUCAGAUCGAGCGAAGCCACAUAAAGCUCCUCCUUUGAUUGAGCGGAGCCUGAAAUUGGGGCUUUUUAGUGUUCUGCAACCUUAUGGUGUGUUUGGAUGA